CCUAUUGGUUCAUAAGCAAACAUUGCGCUUGAAGUCUCAAAGCCCUAUCACAGCUAAGCAACCCCAUCCGCCUUAGAACGAACUAAAAGCGGCGGCCGGCGGCGACUGUAAAUGGCACCAACUCAACAGCAAGAAGACGACAAAGAAGAAGAAGAAGAAGAAGCUAUGGAUCCAAACAAAAUUCUUCUUCCUGAUAAAAAUGAAGAGAGCCAAACCAAAUCAACUUCUGAACACCAACAUUAUAUUUCUUCCAUCAACUCAGCUAUACUCAUCCGCCAACUCCCAUCUCAAGGCCUUUCAUUCCAGCUCUGGCCGGCAGCCACCACACUUUUCACUCUCCUCAACAACCACCGCUCCAAUCCAACCCUAACCCCACUCUCUCCGAUCUUCUCAUCCACUUCCAAGCUCAACAUUCUCGAGCUCGGCUCGGGAACAGGCCUCGUCGGAAUCGCAGCCGCCGCAAUUCUCGGCGCUAAUGUCACCGUCACAGACCUACCUCACGUGAUCCCCAACCUCCAAUUCAACGCAGAGGCUAACGCCGGCGUGGUGGCUGUUAACGGCGGGACUGUGGAGGCGGCGGCGCUCAGAUGGGGAAAAGUAGGCGGUGAGGAUGUGGAGUUAAUAGGGAAUGAUUUUGAUGUGAUAUUAGGUUCUGAUGUGGUUUAUUAUGAGGAACUUUACGAACCGUUGCUCUAUACGCUGCGUUUAGUAAUGGGUGACAGUGAGAAGAAGAAGAAGAAAGUGUUUGUGAUGGCUCAUCUGAGGAGGUGGAAGAAGGACUCUGUGUUCUUCAAAAAAGCUAAGAAAUUGUUUGAUGUUAGUGUUGUUUAUGUGGAUAAACCAUCGGAGGGUCGUAGGAUUGGAGUUUCUGUGUACCUUUUUGCUCAAAAAGCUCAAAAAUUGCUGCCUGCAAAUUAAUAAUUCAAUUUGGUUUGAUUUGAAUAA